CUGUGCUCCAGUGUGUCGACAGAGGUGAGAGUAACAUGGACGAAAAUAAAACAGCUCAUCCGUGUCAUUCCCUACGGACGAGGUAAGAUAACAUUUGUCUGUGGAUUUCUAUCAAACUGCCACAGGUUCUUCUGCGUUGAUAUGAAUCACGCCUGAAGCAGCUGCGAGGAGGAUAUCAGACAGGAUGCAGACUCCGAAUUCAUCCCACGCCGUCAACAUCAGCGGUGGCGAUAACGCCGGCCUCUUCUCUGGAAGCCCGUACACCAUGGUGGAGAUAGUGCUCAUCAUCCUGGUGGCUGGCUCCCUGAGUCUGAUCACUGUCAUCGGAAACAUCCUGGUCAUGCUCUCGAUAAAGGUAAACAGGAACCUGCAGACCGUCAACAACUACUUCCUGUUCAGCCUGGCCUGUGCAGACCUCAUUAUUGGCGUCUGCUCCAUGAAUCUCUACACUGUCUACAUCGUGAUCGGCUACUGGCCCCUGGGAGCGGUGGUGUGUGACCUCUGGCUUGCCGUUGAUUACGUCGUUAGCAACGCCUCAGUCAUGAACCUUCUCAUCAUCAGCUUCGACCGCUACUUCUGCGUCACCAAGCCACUCAGCUACCCGGUGCGCCGCAGCACCAAAAUGGCAGGCCUGAUGAUCGCAGCCGCCUGGGUCCUGUCAUUCAUCCUGUGGGCACCUGCCAUCUUGUUCUGGCAGUUCAUUGUGGGCGGGAGGACCGUGCCGCCGCACGAGUGCUACAUCCAGUUCUUCUCCAACCCGGCGGUGACCUUUGGCACAGCCAUAGCAGCUUUUUACCUACCGGUGGCCAUCAUGAUCCACCUGUACUGGCGCAUCUCCAAGGCCAGCCGCAGCCGCAUCAGGAGGGACAGCAGGAAGACCUCGGGUACGAGUCUGGCAGAAGGUGCCUCUCACAGCCAGGAGGAGGGAUGCGAGAACAACUGCGUCGUGGCAAAAAAGGCUCAGGAGGAGGCUGGAAAUGGGAAGGAGAAGGAAAUGUUGCAGCAGCAGCAGCAGCAGCAGCAACAGAAUGGAAGUGCACCGUGUAAAGAGGAAGGGGACAACCAGGUGGAGUCGGAGUGCGUCCACGCGUCAACAUCUAAGGACUCCGCGGUUCCUGUUUCAUCGAUAAAGAGCUCAAAUGGCAGGAAAACACAAACGCAGCCUCCAUCCACCGAGAACUCAGAGGUUGACAGGCAAAGUCUGGCCGCGAGGACGCUGUUUAAGGUGACGAAACGCGCUGUGGGCGAGAGCGCCGUGGCGAUGUGGAAGAGGAGGGGCGUCUCGUCCAGGGAGAAAAAGGUUACGCGCACCAUCAUGGCCAUUCUGGUGGCGUUUGUCGUCACGUGGACGCCGUACAAUGUGAUGGUCCUGAUCAACACCUUCUGCUCCACCUGCAUCCCCAACUCCCUCUGGACCAUCGGCUACUGGCUCUGCUACAUCAACAGCACCAUCAACCCGGCCUGCUACGCCCUCUGCAACGCCACCUUCAAGAACACCUUCAAGCACCUGCUUCUGUGCCAGUACAAGAACAUACGCACGGCACGAUGAGGCUGCGGCCGAGCGCUUGCUGAUGAAAUAAUGUGACGCAUCCUGUAAAGAAAUAUGACGCAUACCGGCAAUGUUUUGCUGAAAGUUAGACUUAGGUUUGUUCUCGUUGUGCACCGAUAGUAGAACGUGUUCCCACUUCCAUCGAGUUUUACUUUAAUUGGACGUUUUCCUUUUUUUUUUUCCCCCUCCUCAUCCUACAUAAUCUUGUGCAGUGUGAUGUUGUUGAAAUUGUGGUUCAUGUGAUGGUUUUGUGACCAGAACGGUGACUUUAACCCCCGUCAUAAAAGGUCAAGUACAAUAACAUCCGAUGGACACUGUGGCUUUAAAGCGUCAACGCUUGAGCUGGAAAACGAGCGAAAUCAGCCAAACUGAAGAAUCCGUCCAAAUGAAGAGUCGUCUUCAAAUUGAAUUAUGAAGAGAAAAGAGAAUUAGCAGCUGUAAACUGAUAUGUGGCGUGUGUGUUUCCUCUCUCGCUAGAGUCGUAUUAAGCUGACGUUAACGGCCUCUGUAAUCCCCGCUGUUGUGAAACGAGUCCAAAUGUGACAUUUAUCCGCAUCUUCACCUCUUUCCACAUGUUUUCUGUAAAUAAAUGCAUAAUGACUGAACAGGUA